GCGCAGGCCAGAUUCUGGGUUGUCCUGGGACGUGUCCUGCUUCCUGAGCUUCACGGUCAGGCGAAGGCGACGCCACAUAACUUUCGCAUAAAGGGACUCAACGUCCAGUGCUCCAGCAGGAGAAUAUAAGAGAACUGCCACCAGCGCCGCCACCAUGCCCAACUUCUCUGGCAACUGGAAGAUCAUCCGAUCGGAAAACUUCGAGGAUUUGCUCAAAGUGCUGGGGGUGAAUGUGAUGCUGAGGAAGAUUGCUGUGGCUGCUGCAUCCAAGCCAGCAGUGGAGAUCAAACAGGAGGGAGACACUUUCUACAUCAAAACCUCUACCACUGUGCGCACCACAGAGAUUAACUUCAAGAUCGGAGAAGAGUUCGAGGAGCAGACUGUGGACGGGAGACCCUGUAAGAGCCUGGUGAAAUGGGAAAGUGAGAAUAAAAUGGUUUGUGAGCAGAGGCUUUUGAAGGGAGAGGGCCCUAAGACCUCCUGGGCCAGAGAACUGACCAACGAUGGGGAGCUGAUUCUGACCAUGACAGCCGAUGACGUUGUGUGCACCAGGGUCUACGUCCGAGAGUGAGUGGCUGUGGGUCUGAGACGCUCAAGCCCAUCCCCAGCCCAGCCCAUGCUCCCGCUUCACUGCCUGUGGACCGUUCCUCCCCCAUUCCUGCCUGGCUAGCUCUCCUCUCCACUCGUGUCAUUUCCCCAGGGUGCUGGGAUGCUGCCUGCAGGGGUUCUGCUUUUUUUGGCCCCUCCUCCCCAUACCAACAAAGAGGGACGGAUUGCAAAAGCCCAGAUUACCCAUUCUAGAGUCAGUCCUCCCACCCCCAAAUUGUCAGUCCCAGCCCCAAACCAGCCCAGAACAGUCUCUCUUUCUGUGAGGGGACCCGAGGGCCUGAGAGGGAAAGACUGGCCCUCUGACUCCUGCUUUGUCCCUGUAGCCUAUACAAUGUCGAGUAUUUAUUGGUUAAUGUUAUUAAAAUGUUUUCAAAAAUAUAA